AUGAAGUUCAAACCAGUCACAUCCACCGUGAGUUGUUAUACGGGGCGAUUUUUCACGUACUUGAUUAUUUUCGUCGCCUCCACUGAUGCAGGCAAACUGACUCAGACUAGUCCGAACGUCGAAACUGAUACGUAUACAGUGAGUUAUCCACCAGUUAACGGAUUUGGUGCCAUCGACUCAAACGUGAUUGAAUUGGAGAGUCGUGGUUCUACGCAGUGCAGUCCGUUUGACUCGUGUGGCGGGCGCUGUGGUUUCCGUCCUAAGCCGCUAUCGAUAUGGAACCAUACCGAACACACUGUCAUCAAUGAUGCCCAUCUUAACUGUUUUUGUGAUACUGUGUGUCUUGUUUAUGGGGACUGUUGCUAUGACUACGAACUGAUGUGUAACGACGAAAGAGAAGAACUAACUACGGAUGAUUAUAUUGGCGGACAACUGGCAGGAACAACCCCGACGGGGAUAACCGAAACAGAAUUUCCGAACAACAAUGACGUAAUUAAUGGGUUCCAGUGUGUCGUAAUCAGAGAAUACAGCAUAAAUCCGCUAUGGGUGUAUACGAGGUGUGCACCGAAUUGGCAAGACUCCUACAUUGAACAACUGUGUCUCACUGUUCAAACCACCGACAGUUUAUCCAUCUUGCCAGUGCAGGGAAGCGACGGAAACACUUACCGUAACGUGUUUUGUGCGCAAUGUAAUUAUAUCAACAAAGUCACGUUUUGGGUUGCCAUGUCAACGUGUAGCUCUCCUGCCCCCACAUCAAUCGCCACAGACCCUAUAGUGCUCUCACUAUAUAUUCGAUACAGGUGUACCACUUUUCUUCUCGGACCAUCGGACAGUGUGCCUCGGAUUUGUAUUCGCGCCAUAGGACACUGCGAUUUGAAGUAUAGCAACACCGACAUAUCUUCGAAGUGUAGUAGCAAAUACAAUUCCAUUGUGAUAGUUGCAAAAGAGACAGUUUUAGCGGUUUACAAAAACCAAUACUGUGCACUAUGUAACGGUGUUUUACCGAGCAACAUUGUUUGUCCGGUGUGGAAAGAAAGGGACACGCCCAUCGGACCUCUGGGUACAAUAGAAGCAGACGACGGGGUUGUUAUGCUGGGUGAAAAUGAAUACGAUCACGCAAAAUUACCUGGAUCGGGCACAAAAACACAAGCAGUAUCAUACGCUGUUCUUAUCACCCUAAAUUUUGAUGGCCAAGAGAGUAUCCGAUAUGACAGCGAAACUGGGUCUCUCGUGCCAGUGUACUCUACUUGUAAUCCAGGAAAAGUCUACGACCCAAUUAUGGGCCAGUGUCGAGAGGUGUACUGCGCCAACGGCUAUCAACUGGUCGGUAGCGAAUGCGUUCUUGUUGGAACCAUCCCAAGUGUCGUUAUUCAUACUCACCCGUAUAACGCCAGUAUGGGCUUCGAUUCAGUUUCAUUCACCCUAACUUUGGAAUGUAGUUUAAAUUUUAAUGUGAGCUGCGUUACUGAUGUUAAUCAACUACGCCAAGAAUUUCAUCAGUUUAUUUUGAAUAUUUUCAACAUAACUAUCGGUGAGUUAGUGAAUGUUGAAGUAGGAGAAGUUGAGGGUCAUGUGGAAGAUAUUGACACGAGCAACGUAAACAAAACAUAUAAAGAAAAUGGGAUGUUAGAUGAAUGUAUUAUUUCGGAUCUCGUGUUUGGCGGUAACGUCGUAUUUACCGUAACUAUCACUUUCUAUGAUGUUUACUGGAACUUAUCUGAUGCUACUUUUCUACAGAUAUUUCAAAAAAUGUCACUAGUAUUGAUGAACGAAGUGAGUUUUGAGUUUCAGUACCUAGGAAAUACUGUGGAAGUCACAAUAGUCAACAUUGAUCAAAACUCAACUUAUCAAGAUCCGUUGCUAACCAUGAGUUAUUUCAGCCCAGGUUGUACCAAUGGUAACUUUACCACGUAUAGUUACCCGGAUGCAACGUUUGUGAGGUGGAAUGGAACGGUGGCCCUCUAUGUCAACACCACGGAGUCUGUUUAUGAAUGGGAUGAAUUUCUCAUUACGUCAUAUACGUCGUCGUCAGAGACAGGCCAUGGGGACGUGGAAUACACCGUUAUGGUAUGCGAAAAGUGGCCAUACAUUAAGGACCGAGACUGUCCACGAGUUAGAUUGAACUCGUCACAAUACGAAAUAUUUCCAAACCGAUCAAUCAAGUAUAAUGACCAAAUAUACGAUACUGAUGAAUAUUCCAUUGUCAAUUGGGAGAAAGGAAUCAUAGAAAUAUGCACUCCUGGAUAUUAUGAUAUUUCUCCGUCAUUUUACGAUUAUCCUCAGUUUUACACGUUUCUAACGGUGUUUCUAACAUUAAUAUCGUUGGCGUGUCUCAUCGGUACGUUCGUAACCUACGCCAAGUUUGAAGAGCUUCGAACAGUCCCUGGGUUAUGUAUUAUGAGUUUAACAGUAUCACUUUUCUUGGCGCAAUUAUUGUUCCUGAUUGGCGCUGACAAGACAGAGAUUUACGCUUUAUGUGCGAUAAUUGCAAUUACUCUACAUUAUCUGAACUUAUCUAACUUUUCCUGGAUGAAUGUACUUGCGUAUGAUGCUUUCAAGACGUUCUCCGUCAAGAGUUCGAAGUUCAAAUCGUACCGUUCUUCGAAGAGUCAGAUCGUAUAUUAUUCAAUCUACGGAUGGGGGUCACCCUUACUUAUCGUCAUACCUUGCGUUAUUCUCAACUUCUGCGGCUGCGUAGACUUUUUAUUCGGCUACGGGUAUGUUGUCUGUUGGAUAAUAAACCCAUAUUCUCUGUUAUUUGCAUUCAUAAUACCUAUUGCGCUCAUUCUCAUUGUCAAUACUUGUUUUUACAUCAGUGCCAUUUACCAUAUACGACAAACAAAACAAGCCGUUCGGCGAAAUUCUCAUCGAAAACGAAGUGAUAGUGAUACUGCUAUUUAUGUAAAAAUGUCAACCGUAAUGGGGUUUGCCUGGAUUUUUGGACUAAUUGCGAGCUUUACGGACAGUGGUGUGUUUUGGGUUAUAUUUAUUAUAAUGAUCAGUCUCCAAGGUGUCUUCAUCUUUGUCGCAUUCGUUUGCAACAAGAGAGUGCGCGCCCUCUAUCGAAAAAGGCAUCCACGUUGUUGUCGGUGCUUCACACACAGGAUUUGUUGCUUGCGCGCGGAGCGAGAACGAAAGCGGAGAUCUACGGCGUCCGAUCUACCUUUGGCGGUGAUUGCAAGUCCCGACGCAGACCGUGGGUAUCAAAGUAACAAUGACAAUUUCAACGGAAUCGUUGUAGAUGUUGACGAUGACGUUUUCGUCUGAACCUAAAAACACACGUGGUAAUUUCAUUGUCACGAAGCUUGAACUUCAUUUUUUCAGGGUCAAAAUUUUACAACGAUCUUCAGGGUAAAUACCUUGUAAACGUUUGGUGGUUAUCGAUGAGUAAAACAGAAACGCUUCAGACAUUAACCAUGUCUAAUGACAUAACUCUGAUAUGUAUGUUCCAAUAUGAAAACAAUUUUAUUGUAAGACGGUACGGACACACAUUUUGUUAUUCACAAGCGCACACGCUCCUGGGCCGUAAUAUUUUAGUAAUCUUUCUAUGUGUCAUUGCAGUAAAAAUAGCACGUUAAAUAGAAUGACAUGUGAAAUUA